GGUUAAGCUCGUCCUGAGUUUCCUUGUGUCUGAAUGGAGGAUGGCGGCUCUGGCUCGGAAGUUGUGCGAAGCAGUGGAGAAUGAAGACGCAAAGGAAGUUGAAAAUCUUCUCAACUGUGGUGCUGAUCCAAACCUAAUCUUGCCUGAUGGGAUUGCAGCCAUUCAUCUAGCUUCAGGGAAGGAAAGUGAAAGUGCUCUUAGAUGUCUGAGAAUGAUUUUGCAACAAGAUGGAGAUCCCAAUGUCCGAUCAAUAGAGGAACUUACUCCAGUACAUGUAGCUGCAUCCUGGGGCUGUUGUAAGGCACUGAUAUUCUUGCUUCGGAAAGGUGGUGACCCCAGUAUUCAAGAUCAGGAUGGGAAUACGGCACUUGAUUUAGCAUUAAUGGAAAAGAACAGGAGAUGUGUUGUUGCUCUUCAGGAAUAUGAGAGAAAUGAAGAUAUCGGUCUUGACCAAAUGCGUGAUCAGAAGUCCGAUCUUCCCUCUGGCUUUAAUUUGCUUGCUUGUUCUCGCAAAUUAACAGAAUCACAGUUUAUGUUGGAAAGAUGUGAAGGGUUAGAUGUGACGUCCCCAGAUCAUGUUUACACUUACAGCAGGGGUCAUAGUGACAAUGACAUGGAAGAGACUUUGGUCCUACCAAGAACUGAUGAUAUGAUUGAAGGUGAAGGCUUAGUAGGCCAGGAAAUUAACUCGAGCAGCGAAUAUACAAGCACACUGAUUGUAGAAUCAGCUGGUUGUGAUAUUAAUGGAGAAUUAGAUGCUGAGCUGUGUGUUUUAAAGAAAAUGAUGUUGGCAACUAAGGUUAUUCAUCCUGUAUCUUCCAUCCUGAGUGAGGGAAAGAGUCCAUGCUUCUUUACCGAACGCACAAGAAGCAGACUUCUGUCUUCCAAAUCUCGUCACAGCAAUUCAUCCCUUUUUGAUGAGUCUUUGGAAAUGCCUCAAAGAGGUAGGAGACUGAGGAGCCCAGAUGGCAAGUCAAGGUCUCCAGUGCCAUUGGCUAUGGACAGAAGGAACUUUAGCCAAAACAACUUGGUGUGUCAGAGUGAUGCCACUUUAGAGACUUGUGUAGCGCAGAAUAAUAUCUGCUUAGUUCAAAGACCUAAGGAUGCCAAGGAAAAUGUUUCUGAGCCUGAAACAACUGUCAGGAUCAGCAAUUUCCUUACGGAUGACUUAUCUUCUGAAGCAGAGGUCAAAUCUAGUGUGCAGUUACAAAAAACCUCUGGAGACCCAUAUAUUGAAAGCAGGGUAUCUGAAAGUGUGUGGCUUACAGAAGAUGGAGACACUGAAAGCAGUGGAGAAGCUUACCAUAAAUAUGAAGCAUUGGACUCUAACAAACUAGGGGAAGCUUUGUCUGCAGCUUCGCGGACUGGUUCAUUUCUUCACAGUACAAUAAUUGAAGACACAGCUGGAAAUUCUACUAAGGUUCCACGUUACAGCUUCAGUAGACUUUCUUGUGUACCGAAAGCUGAUGAAACUCAGAUAAAGCUGACUACCAUACCUGACCCUGUUAUAGAGGAAGUGCAUUUAUCACCAGGUGGUCGUCCAGUGAAUGCAACUCAUAUUGAACCAGUAGAGUAUCUGUAUAUGGACAAUGAAAAGGGGCAUGCCCUUAUUGAAAGACAUACACCAUGUACUAAUCUGUCUUCUAGCAACAUCUCAGACACUUCAGAUGAUACCAUUAUAUAUGACUGGAGAAACUAUAGCAGCUGCAAAGAAAAAAUAAACAAGGACUCGCCAGCAUGCACUCCUAGUCGGGUAGCAGUGGAACUCUACAGACUGUCCAACGAUGAAAUAGCCAGACGUCUAAGAGGACUAGGGGAGGAGCCUGGACCAGUUAACAGCAAGACCAGAAAGGUCCGCAUCUUGCUAUUAGACAAAUGUUUAAAGGAACAAUCCGCAAGUGGCCCAGGAGGUCUGUCCUUUGAUUAUAGCCCAGAGCUGUCUUUAGCCCUGCGCACAUAUGACAUCCCAGACUGUAACAAUGAUGAGGCUACUCUUUCUCGAGAGUUUGACCAACCAGACAAGACAAGAAAGUGGAGAGAAGGUGUCCUUAAAUCUAGCUUUAACUACUUGCUGCUGGAUCCCAGGGUGACCCGGAACCUUCCAUCUCGCUGUCAUACCUUAUCCCUACCUGAGUGCUUUCGCACUUUUGUCCAGGCAGUGUUUUAUGUGGGCAAAGGAAAGCGAGCGCGUCCAUAUUGCCAUCUGUAUGAGUCUCUGACACACCAUAAGGGUAACAACAAACCGGUACUGAAACCUUGUUCUAAAGUACAGCAUAUUUUAGACAUCUGGAGAACAGGUCAGGGUGUGCUGUCCCUUCAUUGUUUCCAGAACACAAUCCCAGUAGAGGCGUACACAAGAGAAGCCUGCAUGGUGGAUGCAAUUGGUUUAAAAAUGUUAACCAACCAAAAAAAGGGGGUUUAUUAUGGACAAGCACAGAAUUGGGCACUUACCCGCCGACGGCGUCUAGGAGUUCACAUGCUUCACAGGGCAAUGCAAAUCUUCAUGGCUGAAGGGGAGCGCCAGCUUAGGCCCCCUGAUAUACGCAGUGGCUCAUGAUGACAUAUA